AUGCUAUCUCCCUCAGUAUUUUGCGAAACAAACUGAUUUCGACAAUUGAUUGAUUGUUAAAUUUUAUUACAUUCCAUCAUUUUUUUCUUCUGAUUUUAAUAUUUCGGUUUAAAGUCUUGUAAUCAUUAUAAUUUUAACUGAGGCUCUUAAGUUUACACUCACGGUGCAACUUCCAAUAAUUAUUACUCUGUGCUCUUUUUGCUUGUUUCUGCAUUGUUUUGUUUGAGAAGAAGUCUCAUCAAUAUCAAUACUUUAAUGAUUUGAAAUUUGAAUGAAUCUCUGAAUGAAUUAAAUAUCUCACCUAUUUAGCUGUUGUCUCUUGAAUUAUACAUAGAUGUCCGCAGAAGGAAAUUACCACUUUAUGCCUGGAUCAUUUUCAAAAGGGUUUGGUUAUGAAGAAACUGACGAAGAAAAUGGUUCAAGAGAAUCAAUUGUUCAUCUUCACCAUCCAGAAGACAGCGAUAACGUAGCUAGUUCAUCUGCUGGUAUUUGUGGAGGUCAGCCUAAGCCUAAGGUUUUGAUUAUGGGACUCAGAAGAAGUGGCAAAUCAAGUAUCCAAAAGGUUGUUUUCCAUAAAAUGUCUCCCAAUGAAACCCUUUUUCUAGAAAACACCAACAAAAUUGUGAAAGAUGACAUAUCAAAUUCAUCAUUUGUGUCCUUCUCAAUUUGGGAUUUCCCUGGUCAAAUUGAUUUCUUCGACCCUUCCUUUGAAACUGAGAAUAUAUUUGGUGGAUGUGGCGCUUUGGUUUUCGUUAUUGACGCACAAGAUGAUUAUGUUGAAGCACUUUCUAAACUUCACACCACAGUUACUAGAGCUUACAAGAAUAACCCCAAUAUUAAAUUUGAGGUUUUCAUACACAAGGUUGAUGGACUUUCUGAUGAUCUUAAAAUUGACAUUCAGAGAGAUAUCCAGCAAAGAGCCAAUGAUGAAUUAUUAGAUGACGGAUUCAAGAACAUACAUCUCAGUUACUAUCUCACCUCAAUUUAUGACCAUUCAAUAUUUGAAGCCUUCUCAAAGGUUGUUCAGAAAUUAAUUCCUCAAUUGGGUACAUUGGAAAAUCUUCUUAAUAUUUUUAUUUCGAAUUCUGGAGUUGAUAAAGCUUUCCUUUUUGAUGUUGUCAGUAAAAUUUAUAUUGCAACUGAUGGAAGUCCUGUGGAUAUGCAAUCAUAUGAAUUAUGUUGCGAUAUGAUUGAUGUCGUUAUCGACAUUUCAUGUAUUUAUGGUAUCAAAGAUGACGGAGAAGGAGCAACAUUCGAUUCAAACUCAUCAGCUAUCAUCAAAUUAAAUAACAAAACAGUGCUUUAUCUUCAGGAAGUUAAUAAAUUUUUAGCCUUAGUUUGUUUGAUCAGUGAAAAUAAUUUUGAAAAACAAGGAUUAAUACAGUAUAAUUUUUAUUGCUUCCGAGAUGCUAUUCAACAGGUCUUCGAAGACCGGUGUGCCAAACUUUUCUCUGAAACAUUACAAGAAAUCUCUUGCUGAUGAUUCGAAGAAAUACAUCAUUGCCAUUCUCAUGUCUAUUUUUCCUUCCUCUCACUUUCUUCUCAUUCACCAAUUGAGUUGAAAAAAGUUGAAAAUCUAUGAUUGUAACUAUCAAUAUUGGAAAUAACUUUUUCUUAUCUUUUAACGAAUUGAAUCUUGUUUAAUGUGAAUAAAUCGGUUUUGAAUAUUAA